UUAAAAGUCCUUCAGUGAUGUGUCAGAGGGAAUGCUGAGAGACUGCCACAUACAACAUUAGUUGUCGUUGUUCACUGGCAACAUGUCACACAAUGGCUGGGCUUGUCUCGUAAUAUUAUUUACCAUUGGUUCAUGUGAAUCGAUCCGACCCGUAUGCGAGACAGAUGAAUGUAAGACAGCUGCCGAUAGAAUCCUGAACUGCAUGGAUCCGUCUGUCAGGCCCUGCGAUGACUUCUACAAAUUUGCUUGCGGGAAAUUCCUGGAAUCUGCAGAACUACGUGAUUAUUUGUCAAGUAACUCUUCGUUCAUCCAAGUUAACGAAAUAGUGGAAGAUCAGUUGAAGGCUAUCCUUUUCGAAGAGUCAACACCAGAUGAACCUUACCCAUACAAGACAAUGAAACAUUUGUUUUCUCAGUGUUUGGAUGAAGGUAAUUGUGUGUGCACUAAAUUGCGAUAAGUACUUUGACAAGCUUGUAUGC